AAUUUGGUGGGCUUCAGGUAAAACCCAUCGUCUGCUUCUCUCUCCUCUCUCUUCUCCACCAUUUCUGCCCUUACCGCGGAGAAGAAAAACGUCAGCAACACAUUACAUAUAAUUCCUCGACACCAAUCGAACGAUCGUGGCUCUCUCAUUGACUAUCGGCGAAGAUCUAUCUGCAAUCAUCUGUGUAAUUUCCUCUCUUCCACUGUCACUCCGUCACUUUCUGCUGUAAGGAAGCGAAAGGCAAUGGCGAAAGGAUUGAUAUGGGCUACGGCAGAGGACAUGGCUAGGAACAGGGGCAAAGUUAUAUCACUGUACCGCCAGAUAUUGAGAAGGCUUAAUUCACCUGAUCUGCCGCUCAACUUAGCGGCAAGGCUAGCAAGGAAAGCCGAGGUUCGAGCCAUUUUCAUGUUGGGUGCUGAGGAGCGAUCCAUUCACAACAUUCAAGAUCUUUUCGACACUGCCGAUUACGCUCUCUCCAUUCUGAACAAAGGCGAAAUCCCCAAAUAUAUUCAAUAAUCUACAUUGUCUGUUUUGCCUUUAGCUACGACUGCCAAAUGUUUUCCUAUGUUGGGAAAUCUGAUGGUAUGGAUCGUGUAAACAUAGGACAUCCCAUUAAGCAUAGAGUGCUGCUAUAUGCAAUGAAUUUCAUGUUAUAUGUACGAAACGUAUGUCUUCUUUUGGCGAAGUUUGAGUCUUUGACAGGCAAUUGUUUGUGGUAAUAAAAGUGUCGAGAUCGAUGUUUUACUGCUAG